ACCGAGCAAGUCUGAUCUCGCCUCUUUAUCCCUUGCCGCUCACCCACAUAUCUUUAACUCGCCUUCGAUAACAUCAACAAGUACCUACCGUUAUCAAUCACCAUCGCAAUGGCGUCUUUGGGAAUCUGCGAGUUCGGCUUCACAUUCUAUAGCUGCGACAACGGCUUUAAAGGCUGUUGUCGUGUCGAUGCUUGUGGGCCAGACCAAUGUCCCGAGGGGCAGCGAACGACAACCUCUUACCCGGUCCCAUAUAUCGACUCUUCGACUACCGCGCCACCGGAUGAUACUGAGACGCCUGCACCUUCGCCAUCUACUACCGAAUCUAGUACGGAUGAUGGCAGUACCACUUUCGUAUAUCCUCUACCACCAUCUACCACCGACCCAACCAGCACCACAGAGACGACAGCACAAUCAACCACCCGAUCAUCAUCUCCAACAUCCUCCUCACAAACCACAUCUCCCACCCCAUCCUCCACCCCCCAAACCACCCCCGCGCCCCCAACCGUCUGGAUCCCAAUCCCAACAAGCGCACCCCAGCCCAGCAGCAGCAACGACUCGCACCCACGCCUCAGCACAACUGCCAUCGCGGGGAUAAGCGUAGGCGGCACCGUCGCCGCAGCCCUGCUCUCGCUAUUCGGGUACCUGCUGAUCCGCCGGCGCUGCAUCGCGCGCCGCAACGCGCGCGCGUCCGCCGCGAACCCGUUUUCGUUUUCCUCUGGCGCCGCGGAGGGGUUCAUGGCUGAUCACCCGAUGUGGCGGGGAGGGGAUAAGGGGAAGGAAGGGGGGGAGGGCGAUGCGAAGAGAUCGCCGGAUUUGAGGGGGUUGUGUGAGUUGCCUUAG